AUGUUUCAUCCAUUUGAUGCAGAAGAUAUUCUCCAAGUUUCUUUGAGCAGGCAGGUGGUGCAAGAUGUGGUGGUGUGGUCUGGUUCAAAGAAGGGAAAUUAUACAGUGAAGUCCGGGUAUUAUGUGGCAAAGCAGCUACAAAUGGAAGAGAGCAACUUUGGGGAGUCAUCAAGGCAAAGAAUGAAUGGGGCACUCUGGUCACAUAUCUGGCAAGCCAAUGUAUGGCAGCCUUCGCUAGGUAAUUGCUUCAAACUGAAUUUUGAUGGUGCUUGCUUUAAUGAGGGAGCUGCUUUAGGCUAUGGGGCUGUGAUUAGAAAUGAAAAGGGCGAAGUAAUGGCUGCUCUGGCUAAGAAGGGCGGUGCUAUAAGUGAUAGUGAAGAGGUGGAAGUGCUUACAUGUCAUAAAGCUCUUGAGUUUGCAAUAGACGCUGGCUUCAUGGAAAUUAUUUUGGAAGGUGAUAGUGCAUUGGUGAUGCAAAUGGUUUCCCAGGCUCAACCAAAUCUUUCAUGGCUUGGAUUAAUUAAUGAGGAUAUUUGGUGCUUGGCUGUAGGCUUUAGAUCCAUUUUGAUUAAUUGUGUUAGGCACACUAUUAAUGGUGUCGCUCAUGCUUUGGCUAGAUUCGCUAGAUUAAUUGAUGAUGAUAUUGUUUGA